GUUAAUGCUAUAAGAGUUUGGGUCGGUACAUAUUCUGAGGUUGUAGGUUUUGCUUCACAAGAUUGAGUGAGUGAGUUAUGGCUGAGACGUGUGUUUAUAACGGCAGAGUUAUAGCUCCACUUACGAAGGACAACUCUAGAGUGUGGUUUAAUUUGGUUAAAAACUAUCUGAUAGUUCACCAUCUUUGGGGAGUGAUCAUUGAUGAUACAGCUCCUCAUCAAGAUGAUCCUUCCUGGAGACAAAAGAAUGAAGAAGCAUUGCGCAUCUUACGCAUCACAUGCUCGCCGGAGACUCGCCGCCUGAUAGAAGGAGUCUCUGAAGCCAAGGUUGCAUGGCACAUUCUCCAUGACAGAUUCGCCCACAAGCCAUCUGUGAAUGUAGCAGCGACUUCUUUUGAUGUGAGCAUUUUGUACAAUGCUAUAUGUGCUAACAACUGGGAGGCAGCAAAAGAAUUCCUUGAGCGACAUCCAGGUGCCUUGACUGCAAAACUUACAGCUACAAAUGGAACACCUCUCCAUGUGGCUGCACUUUUUGGACAUUUAGAAAUAGUAGAGGAGUUAGUGAGAUUAACUAGCCCAGAAUUCCUUGAAAUAGUUGAUGAUUAUGGCUCUACUCCACUUGCAAUUGCUGCAUCUACUGGGGUCAUUCAAAUUGCAAAAUGCAUGCUUAAUAAGAAUAGAAACAUACUUGGCAUUCCAGACUUGAGAUAUCAUCUUCCUGUUGCAUUGGCCAUUGGUGCUGGUUAGAAAGAAAUGGGACGUUUUCUCUAUAAGGAAACCCCAUUGGAAGUCCUCAAACCCCAAAAUGGCUAUCUAGGUUCUCGUCUUCUUCGUGCAUGUUUCGAAGCUGGUGAACUUGAUAUUGCCCUGCAUCUACUGGAACAAUGCGAAGACAUCAUUUUUGCUGCAGACCAUACCAAUUGGACACCAGUUGCGAGUAUAGCAAUCAUGCCGGCUGCAGUUGAGAGUGCUAGUCAGCUUGGAUUUUGGAAAAAAUGGAUUUAUCAUUCCAUACCUAUACCAUCAACUACAAUAACAGAUAAUGUUUGUUUAGACAUUCACCAAGAAGGCGAAAAUAAAAGCAUUCAAGGUAUGUAUAUAUGCUUAGAGAAAGCACGUGGGGGUAAGAAAACCCAAACUUCUAAAUUCUCUCAAAUGAUUUGAAAAUGAAGUGAAAUAUGAAUUUUUAAUACUUUGCUUGCAACAGGGCAUGGUAUACUGCACCGAUUCAUCUCUAACGUCUAUACUUUGUUAGGUAUAUCAUAUAAUCCUUUAGAUAUUUCAUACAUUGUACGUUUUCAAAUAUUUUAAGCACAACCUCGAGAUAGUUACACAUAAGUUGUGAAUAUGUGCGUGUGUGUGUGUGUGUGUAUAUAUAGGAGUGAAGGAAAUAUAUGAGCUGAAGUUGCUUCAUGCUCGAGCAUCUCAAAUCCUAAACAUAGUUUGUCGGAGGGCACCUCUUUUCGAUA